AUGGCUUCAAACUACAUCACCAAGGUGGCUAUCGUCGGAGCCGGCGGAAACAGCGGAAACUUCAUGACCGAAACCCUACUCAACACUGGCAAGCAUACUGUCACAGCCCUUGCACGCGUUGGCAGCCAAAACAAGCUACCAGCCGGUGUAAUUCCCAAGACAAUCGACUAUAGCAAGCCAGAGACCAUUGUUGAGGCUCUCAAAGGACAAGAUGCUUUGGUCAUCACACUCAGUGGUGGCACGCCCAACGAAGUUGACCUCGCGCUUUUCAAAGCAGCUAGCGAGGCGGGGGUUCCAUGGAUCUUGCCUAAUGAAUGGGGCCCAGACUCGGCGAAUCAAGAUCUAAUCAAGGAUGUUCCGAUUUUCCAACCUAAGGAAGUAAACCGCAAAGCCAUUGCAGACCUCGGGAAAAGCUCUUAUAUAUCUGUCGGUACGGGAUUCUGGUACGAAUGGAGCCUAGCAAUUCCAUCAGCCUUUGGCAUCGACUUCGCCAAUAAAACGGCGACAUUGUUCGACGAAGGCGAGACUAAGAUCUCGACCUCGACCUGGCCACAGGUUGGUCGCACUGUUGCCGCUCUCUUGAGCCUACCUAUUCAGAGCGAGGGGGUCUGUCUUAAUGAUCUGAGGAAUCAGGUUGUCUAUGCCGACUCCUUCACCAUCAGUCAGAAAGAUAUGCUGGAAUCCGCAUUUAGGGUUACCGGGACCACGGAGAAGGACUGGACUAUCACAAAACAGUCUGCUAGAGAGAGGUAUGAGAGCGGCAUGAAGGAGAUGCAGGGGGGUGAUCGAAUUGGUUUUGUGAAGUCUCUCUACACGCGCAUCUUCUUCGAUGAUGGUGCUGGAAAUUUCUCAUCAAAGGGAACGCUGAACGAGACGCUGGCAUUGCCAAAGGAGGAUAUCGAUGAGGCAACACGGCUGGCCAUUGAGCGGUCCAAGAACUCUCCAUGGAGCUAA